AAAGAUCUUAGCGGUGCGCACCCUGAAGAGGUUGAGUUGUUGCAUAUUGGAAAGAGUUUUGAGAAUAGGGACAUAUUCGCUGUAAAACUAAAGUUGAAUAAAGUUAACAUUUCCAAGAAAAGACACAGACCGAAGGUCAUAAUAGAAGGAGGAAGCCAUGGAAGGGAGUGGAUAUCUCCAGCGGUAGUGACCUUUAUGAUACACGCAUUAGUAAACGCUAACAAAUCCAACAGCGAAGAGUUGAAGCUGGUAGCACCCAUGUACGACUGGUUUUUCGUUCCUGUAAUGAACCCGGAUGGAUAUGUGUAUUCACAAACACAAGAUCGAUUGUGGAAGAAAAAUCGCCGUGGUGGUUAUGGUGUCGAUUUAAACCGAAAUUUUGGAAUUUUAUUUGGAAAUCAGGGAGCCAAAAGGGAUAAAAGAGAUGAUGAAUACUGCGGUACAGAAGCUUUUUCUGAACCGGAAUCCGCUGCUAUGGCAACGCUAGCGAGGGAUAAUAGUUUCAGCCUGGAGUAUUAUCUGUCUUUUCAUGCUUAUGGACAGUACAUAAUUCUUCCUUACUCCUUUUCAAAGAUGUACGAAGAUAAUUACAAUAGUACGGUAAGAAAAAAAAAAUUGGCUGACGCGAUGGCUCAAAAACUAUUAACAAAAUAUCAAAUUCAAUAUAAAGUUGGCACUAACUUUGAUACACAAGGAUAUUUAGCGUCAGGAGUAAGCGCAGACUGGGUAAAAAAAGCAAUUAACGUUCCCCACGUGGCAACCAUCAUGUUACCAGACACAGGAGCAUUUGGGUUCGCAUUGCCAACAGAUCAGAUCCUGCCCACUUGCCAAGCCACCCUGGAUGGCUUGCUAGCGUUUCUAGAUCCGCCAAACCCCGAAGAUGAAGACGCUAAACUGAAACUAAACCUUGAUGGCAGAAGGUUAGGAGAUAUGCCAGAAGAAGACGAUUCUUUAAUUUUUGAUGAUAGUGCUACUCUGGAGAACUAUGCCUCUUCAAGAAUUUUAUUUGUUUGUAAUGUGAUUGUGUAUAUUUUUAGCAGAUUCUGAUAAAUGUG